GUGGCUAAAGGAAACUCGAUCGACCUAUCAAAGAUGAAUGUCCCUCCAGAGCUCUCUGGUCUGGCUAACCCAUCUCGGUGCUAGCACGGCAGGGACCCCAGAACCUUGGGUCCACCAACAUUCCAAGAGCUUGUCAACUGUCAUAAAGCAGUGUAGGGAGGGAAAGAAGAGACCAUUUUUAUUUUGGCAAGGGAGCAGAGAAUGAGCCAAGCAUGUUUAACCCACACGUCUUAGAGACUCCCGCCGUCAUCUUUGACAAUGGGUCGGGACUGUGCAAGGCUGGCGUGUCGGGAGAGAUAGGUCCUCGGCACGUCAUCACCACGGUCAUCGGGCAUCCUAAGUUCAAAAUGGGGGGCUCGGAGCAGAAUCAGAAGCUGUAUUACGUUGGGGAGGAGGCUUUAUACAAGUCGGAGUCCUUAUUUUUGCAGUAUCCUAUUGAGCGAGGGAUCAUCACGUCGUGGGAGGACAUGGAGAAGCUCUGGAGGCACCUCUUUGACUGGGAACUUGGGAUUAAGCCUUCCGAGAGACCAGUGCUCAUGACGGAGCCAUCCCUGAACCCCAGGAACAACCGGGAGAAGACGGCGGAGAUGAUGUUCGAGAGCUUCAAAGUGCCCGCUUUCUACCUCUCCGAUCAAGCAGUGCUGGCGCUCUACGCUUCGGCCUGCGUCACGGGGCUGGUGGUGGACAGCGGCAACAGCGUCACCUGCACCGUCCCUGUGUUUGAGGGGUACUCCUUGCCUCACGCGGUGUCCAAACUCUACGUGGCAGGGAAGGAUAUCACCGAGCAUCUCAUGAGACUGUUGGUAAACAGCGGGCGAUCCUUCCCUUGCGCACUGGACAAAGGACUGGUGGACGACAUCAAGGAAAAACUCUGCUAUGUGGCCUUAGAUCCAGAGAAAGAGCUGAGCAGGAGACCAGAGGAAGUCACCAGAGAUUACAAACUCCCCGACGGGAAAGUCAUCCGUUUCGGAGACCAGUUGUUCCAGGGACCCGAGAUCCUCUUCGCCCCAGAACAACUCGGUAUACAUCUCCCGGGGCUUUCCAAAAUGGUUUCCAACAGUAUCCUGAAAUGUGAUGCUGACAUUCAGAAGUCUCUUUUCGGAGAUAUUCUGCUCUCUGGUGGUUCUUCCCUCUUCCCUGGACUGGAUGACCGAUUGAUGAAAGAAACAGAGCAGCAAGCCCCAAAGAGUGUUCCCAUCAAGAUAACAGCUCCCCCAGAUCGGUGGUUCUCCACGUGGAUUGGAGCCUCCAUUGUAACGUCACUGAGCAGUUUCAAGCAGAUGUGGGUCACUGCCAUGGAUUACAGAGAAUUUGGGACAUCUGUGGUCCAGAGAAGAUGCUUCUAAAAGUCUUUGAUGAACCAGCUUAUCACAGACACACAGUUCUUACAUUUCGUAGGUGAAGCAUGCAAAAGCUUAUGUGACAAGGUAUAAAAUAAAAUGGAAAAAAAAAAAGAA